GUCAACCUUAUUGGAAGUCAUCGUUAGUCAACUUAUUAAAAAUGCGAUCUGCUAUUCUUUUUGGCCUGAUUGCCUGCCUAGCUGUCAGCCUGGUUAUGGCACUUGAGGAUUCCCCACGGCAGUCCAAUGAUUUGUCCUCCUUGGAGCAGGAAAUCGGCCAGGCGGUUCACUCUCAGGAGCGCUCUAAGCGACAGAUUGGCUUCGGAUACGGUGCUCCCUUCUACGGAGGCAGGCCCUUCUACGGCGGUGGCUUCGGAGGUCCUUAUGGUGGAUACGGCGGAUACAGAGGCGGAUAUGGAGGAUAUGGAGGCUAUGGCGGUUACGGUGGAUUCAGACGUCAUCAUCAUGGUGGAUUCUACGGUUAAGAAAUUAAUGACAAAAGACCCUGCUACUAAUAAACGACAAACUUAGAUGAACCUGGUA